AAAUAUCUAUUCAUUCAUUCAUUCAUUCACCCUACUUGGCCUCUGUUUCAUUUCUCUCUUUCAAACCACACACACUCACUCUCUUUUCAAUCUUUUCAUUGUUUCAUGCUCUAGAGUUUUUUUCAGUGCUUUAGCAGAUUCCGUUUUUGAAUUUAUCACUACUACUUAUUCUCCUCCUCCUUUCUGAGAUCCUUGUUUGCAUGAUUGCGGCUUUUCUGGAAAUUUUAAGAUAACAUGGGUAGAGGUAGAGGAAAGGGUAAAAAGCUAUCUGUUACUAACCAAGAUGAUAUCAUAAGCGGUGAAGACGAAAAGGUUCCAAUACAGAAGAAAAGAGGGAGGCCGCAGAAACCGAUAAAGGACGACUUUGACGAAGAAAUCGAGAAAAUAGAAGAUAUUAACGGUGAGAAUGUUAAGAAUGGAGUAUCUAACAAAGAGGUGAAAAGUCCUACAGCAACAGAACUUGCAAGGAAAAGGAAAAGAAAUCUACAGGUGAAAGAGAAAUUAGAUUCAGUUGAGGAAGAAAAUGGCGUUGGAAGCCGAUCAAGCACGGAGGAAUCGACAAAAACCAACGGAUUUAGGCAUAACGGAAGCAGACGCAAAAGCACACCUCGUAGAGCUGCUGAAGCUGGUGUGCAGUGCAAGUAAGAUAGUAACGAAAGUUGCGCGACAACUUUCUUCCUUUUCAUAUUACAGGCUAAAAUAUGACAUAGGAAGUGAGGCCUAGAAAUCUUUGAUUUACCUGUUUUUGAAUCUUUAUCCUUAGUUUUAUUUUCCUUUUUGAUUUGGUGGGACUGGUUUGAGGGUUUCCAUUUGGUGAUUCCCUAACAUUAAUGUCAAUCAUGAAUUUGAGAUUUUAGUUGUAGUUUUUUAUUAACAAUUUGAAUUCAAAUCCUUUCUACUUUGACUUUCAACUUAUUUUUGAGGUUGAUGAGAAAAAGGUUUGAUUACACUUCAAUUUCAA